AGUAGCUUAGAGUGGGCAAAGGAUUGUUCACUAGGGUUUCUUAUCUUACGGCGUGGUGUUCCCUUCCUGCUUGCUCUGAAAAUGGCGAAGAGAACGAAGAAGGUCGGAAUCGUCGGCAAAUACGGAACACGUUAUGGUGCGAGUAUCAGGAAGCAGAUCAAGAAGAUGGAGGUCAGUCAGCACAGCAAGUACUUCUGUGAGUUCUGCGGCAAGUACGGAGUGAAGCGAAAGGCUGUUGGUAUCUGGGGAUGCAAGGAUUGUGGAAAGGUCAAGGCUGGUGGUGCUUACACCAUGAACACCGCCAGUGCGGUCACUGUUAGAAGCACAAUCAGAAGGUUGAGGGAGCAGAUCGAGGGUUAAACCUGGUGGCUUUUAUAUUUUGUUUCUUCGUUUUGAUAAUUGAGUUUUGUAGACUCUAUGCUUUUGUGGUUUUGAAUCAAGACUUUAUUAUUACAUUAAGCAGUGAAGCAUGUUUUUAUUCAAUUUUUGAGUUGGCUUU